AUGUCGUCGAGAAAAAAGGUACUUCUGAAGGUGAUCAUCCUCGGUGAUAGCGGUGUAGGCAAGACAUCGCUUAUGAAUCAGUUUGUCAACAAGAAAUUUUCCAACCAGUAUAAAGCGACAAUAGGCGCAGAUUUUCUCACGAAAGAGGUAAUUGUAGAUGACCGAAUCGUUACGAUACAAAUAUGGGAUACAGCUGGACAGGAGCGCUUCCAAUCCUUGGGAAUGGCUUUUUAUCGCGGGGCGGAUUGUUGCGUCUUAGUAUUUGACGUAACUGCCCCCAACACAUUCAAGUCCUUGGAGAGUUGGAGAGACGAAUUCUUGAUACAAGCUUCUCCUCGAGACCCUGAUAACUUUCCAUUCGUGAUAUUGGGCAAUAAAGUUGACUUGGACAAUCGUGCCGUGUCUGCUAAGCGAGCACAACAGUGGUGUCAAAGUAAAAAUGACAUACCGUACUUUGAAACAAGUGCCAAAGAGGCAGUGAACGUGGAGCUCGCAUUCCAGACUAUAGCUCGAAAUGCCCUAGCUCAGGAAACAGAAGCUGAACUCUACAAUGAAUUUCCUGAUCAAAUCAAGCUUAACGCCAAUGACAAUGGCCGUAACAGAGAUGGUGACAACUGUGCUUGCUAG